AGCGAGGGGAAUAGUUCAAAUAAGUUAGGUGAAGAAAGAAUUGGCAAACCAAAAAUUAAUUCAAACAAAAAAGAAAAACGUGUGUCGAUUAAGUGACAGGACAUUUCAAUCCUACUUGGAGCACGAUAAUUUUAAAUUAAUUCUUGUGCAUUCUGCAAUUAUGUCGAAGAAAGAAGUAAGAAUUAAACGGGAACUGGACAAAAUGAUGAAACAACCACCUGCAGGGAUUUCCUUGUGCAUGAUAAACGACAAUAUUUCGGAACUAAGAGCAUCAAUUAUGGGUGUUGCUGGCACACCAUACGAGUCAGGAGUAUUUAAAUUGGAUGUCAACUUGCCUGAUAGGUAUCCCUAUGAACCACCCCAUGUUCGUUUCAAAACUCCAGUGUACCAUCCUAACAUUGAUGACAAUGGUCGAAUUUGCUUAGAGUUGUUGAAACAACAGCCAAGUGGCUGCUGGCGUCCUGUUGUUACUAUUGAGGCUGUCCUACUCUCUAUUCAGUCAUUACUAGGAGCUCCGAACCCAGACGACCCUCUGAUGGCAAAUAUUGCUAGCCAGUAUCGCCUAGACAAACAAGAAUUUGAAAGAAUCGCUAGAGAGCACACUCUCAAACAUGCGUGUCAGAACAAACCAAACAUUGGAAAUUCCUCUAAAUGUGAUGAUAAUUCCUUGGAUUCCAGCAAGCAGCCUGAUGCAAAUUCUAGCUCUAAUGCUGCUAAAAGGAAGUCAAGUGAUGGAGGGCUGAAUGAAGAAAGUAGCAAGAAAGUGAAAACUGAUCCUAAGUAUUGACCAGUAAUAAGGAAAGUCUCCGAAUAGUCUUCGUGUUUUGUACCCCAUGACAAACUUGGAUUACAUUUUUUUGUUCUGUUUAAAAUAAAACCAUUUUAUUUAUUGUA